CUUCAUCUCGUCCGGCCGACAACUUGCCCUCGACGGCGCGCUCGAUAGCGCUGCUGCUAUCUGCCACACCUGGUGUACAAGAUGCCCAGCCAGGCGUGCUUCACCAACUUCUCGAGUUCUCCCAUCGCUACACAAUGCAGGUCUUGACCGAUGGGAGCGUUUAUGCUGAGCACGCCGGACGCGCUGGUAAACUCGAGAUGGAGGAUAUAGUGUUGGCUGUACAAGCUCGCGUUGGCUGGGAGUUUGGUGGACGGGUACCCAAGGAGUACAUCCUAUCAUUAGCAACAGAAGUCAACGCCGCUCCCCUCCCACCAGUACCCGAAGUCUUUGGUGUCAGACUACCACCAACUUCAGAAUGUCUCGCAUCCGUAGACUUUGACCUGAUUCCCAACAAACCGCCACCAGGUGUCAAGAUCUAUGACGAAGAAAUUGAAGAGAUUGAGGAGGAAGAGUCGGAAGAAGACGAGGAGAUGCAACCCGUUGAACCCGAGAGUCAGCAAAGUGCAGCCAUAAACACUAUGAUGGCAACACCCUCAUCGGCAUCACACCAGGAUCCUGACCAGUUCGCCGAUACGCCAUUCCCUAUCAGUGCCAUUGCAACACCCUCAGACGUCGAUAUGCUUGGCACACCUGGAAUUGGCGCCAGAGCCGAGGCGGAAGAGGGCAGUGACGCUGAUGAUGAUGGUCUAUUCGCCGGACCAGACGAUGAAGAGGAAGAAAGCGAUGGCAUGGAGGAGGUACAAACAUCUUCCGCAGUAAAUGGUGUCAAGAGGAAGCUCGUCGAGGAAGACGACUACGACUGACCAAUGACCACUACACGUUUUGGUCUCGCGAGCAUGUGUACAUUAGUGAAACAGAUACAGGCCUUAUAAUGAUAAUGAUAAGUC